AUGUCUAACACCUGCAGUUCAAAGUAUCUGUCUGUGGAGAGUUCCCUGGGGCUAUUUGGUACAGAGAGCAAGGCUCAAGAUUGCAGGCACCUGCCAAACCUCACAAAUAAGCUCUCUGGGGCUCCUCUCUGCCACACUCUACCCUGCACUGGGAGCACAAGUCCCCAGGAGCCUGGGGACCCCCAGGGGCCACCAACCAAUCCUUUGUGUCUAGAGAAGGCUGUGACUGCCACAUGGGAGCAGCCAUGGACUUUGGAGGUAUUGAGGCCUGAGACUCCCAGUGGAGCUACUUACAGCUUCCAAGAAGUUACUGAGCCAGCUGUCAUGGCAGUGGACCGUCAGGCCAUCUUCCCAGAUACCUGGAGUCUCACGGAGGGACAUGGCCAGUGGAAGGAGCAGGCCAGGCCAGAGGCAGGGAGGCUGGGAAGUAACAGCCCUGCUCCAGUUAACAUGGAUCACUUGGGUAGAGAGAUGUCCAAGAGGGAAAGCCUGAUCAGGCCAACCCAGGGAUCUGAGACCCCAAGGAGCGUGGAGAACACCACUGAAGCUGCUACUGAGGCCAGGAAGGAACGGCUGGAGCUUCCACAUGCCAUGGUCAUGGGCACACGAAACACUACGGAGAGGAUUUCUACCUCUGGCCAGGCAGGCGCCAGCUUACACGGCUGCUAG